GCAGCUAGUCACAUUUGGAUCUGGACACAGAACAAAAGUAGGAACUGUACCUGGAAAUCAGACCCAACCAAAGAUUUAUGUAAAGCUUCUUUAAUACAAACAACACCUAAAACAAAAAAAACUUCAAAACAAAGGCUUCGUGAAGGAGAAAAGAAAUGAACCACCAGAUGUAAGUCGCCCAACCCUGCGGCGAAUACGAUCCAGUUCUUCCUUUAGUCGCUCACUAUGACGUCAAUAUAGUGCGCGAGGAGACGCUCGCUCUCGCGGUGUUUAUAUAUGGACAACCGGUAGGAUACACCCGAUGUAACGCGAUUGGCUUUUUUUUCCGGCCCGAUAACGUGUAUGCAGCCUUCCGGCGUUUGGAGGGAUGUCGAACGUUGUGACUCGGAGAGGUGGAUCGAGUAUCAGAGUUCGUCUGACAGUUUUAUGUGCAAAGAACUUGGCAAAGAGGGAUUUUUUCAGAUUACCUGAUCCAUUUGCUAAAAUAGUUGUGGAUGGAUCUGGUCAGUGCCACUCAACAGACACUGUAAAGAACACAUUGGAUCCAAAGUGGAAUCAGCAUUAUGACCUGUAUGUUGGUAAAAUGGAUUCAAUCACAAUCAGUAUCUGGAAUCAUAAGAAAAUUCACAAGAAACAGGGAGCUGGCUUCCUAGGCUGUGUGAGACUAUUAUCCAAUGCCAUUAGCAGAUUGAAAGACACAGGCUACCAGCGCUUGGAUCUAUGCAAAUUAAACCCCACAGACAAUGAUGCUGUGCGGGGCCAAAUUGUAGUCAGUUUACAGACACGAGAUAGGAUCGGUACACUAGGUUCUGUUGUUGAUUGCAGAGGACUGCUAGACAAUGAAGGGGCACUUUUAGAAGAUACUGGCCCUGGCAGGCCCCUUAGUUGUUUCAUGGAUGAGCCAGCACCUUAUACUGAUGGACCAGGUGCAGCUGGAGGAGGACCCGGCAGGCUAGUAGAAUCUCCAGGUCAAGAACAGAGACUCCAGGCACAGAGAGUUCGUGGACCAGAAGUCAGAGAGCAUGUCCAGACACCUCAAAAUCGAUCCCAUGGGUUCCAGUCACAGGACUUGCCUGAAGGUUAUGAACAAAGAACUACAGUUCAGGGGCAGGUGUAUUUCUUGCAUACACAAACGGGUGUCAGCACAUGGCAUGAUCCCCGAAUACCAAGAGACCUUAACAGCGUGAAUUGUGAUGACCUUGGCUCUCUGCCCGCUGGAUGGGAGGUCAGAACCACUGUAUCUGGAAGAAUAUACUUUGUAGAUCACAAUAAUCGAACAACACAGUUCACAGACCCAAGACUACAUCACAUCAUAAAUCAUCAGUCCCAGCUAAAAGAGCCAAAUCAUGCUAUACCAGUGCAGAGUGAUGGAUCUUUAGAAGAUGGAGAUGAGUUUCCUGCUCAGAGAUAUGAGAGAGACUUGGUACAGAAACUUAAAAUCCUGAGGCAUGAGUUAUCAUUGCUGCAGCCUCAAGCAGGGCACUGCCGUGUUGAAGUGUCAAGAGAAGAAAUAUUUGAGGAGUCCUAUAGACAAAUAAUGAAGAUGAGACCCAAAGAUCUGAAGAAAAGGUUGAUGGUGAAAUUUCGUGGAGAAGAAGGACUUGAUUAUGGUGGAGUUGCCAGGGAGUGGCUGUAUUUACUAUGUCAUGAAAUGCUGAAUCCAUAUUAUGGACUCUUCCAGUAUUCUACAGAUAAUAUUUAUACUCUGCAAAUUAAUCCUGAUUCAUCUAUUAAUCCAGAUCAUUUGUCCUAUUUCCAUUUUGUUGGUCGAAUUAUGGGAUUGGCUGUAUUUCAUGGACAUUACAUUAAUGGGGGGUUUACAGUUCCUUUCUACAAGCAACUUUUGGGGAAGCCCAUUCAGUUGUCUGACCUGGAAUCUGUGGAUCCAGAGUUGCAUAAAAGCCUAGUUUGGAUUUUGGAGAAUGACAUUACUUCAGUAUUAGACCACACAUUCUGUGUUGAGCACAAUGCAUUUGGCCGACUUCUCCAGCAUGAAUUAAAACCAAAUGGCAAGAACCUGCAAGUAACAGAAGAGAACAAGAAAGAGUAUGUGAGGUUGUAUGUUAAUUGGAGGUUCAUGAGAGGUAUAGAGGCUCAGUUCUUAGCUCUGCAGAAAGGUUUUAAUGAGCUGAUACCACAACAUCUGUUGAAGCCAUUUGAGCAAAAAGAACUAGAGCUUAUUAUCGGAGGCUUGGAUAAAAUUGACAUCAGUGACUGGAAGGCAAACACAAGAUUAAAACACUGCUUAGCUAAUAGCAAUAUUGUUCAGUGGUUCUGGCAAGCAGUGGAGUCGUUUGAUGAGGAGAGAAGGGCCAGACUACUUCAGUUCGUCACAGGCUCUACACGUGUUCCUCUUCAAGGCUUUAAAGCUCUUCAAGGUGCUGCUGGACCCAGACUUUUUACUAUUCAUUUGAUUGAUGCUAACACAGAUAACCUCCCAAAGGCUCACACAUGCUUUAACCGAAUUGACAUUCCUCCUUAUGAAUCGUAUGAAAAGCUCUAUGAGAAAUUAUUAACAGCUGUAGAAGAGACUAGUGGUUUUGCUGUGGAAUAAAUUUUAAACCAAAGGCGACAACUAUUCCAAGAAAUCAAACCAACAGACAAAAGACUCCUGACCAUUUUUGUAGAUGUCUGUCUCCUCGAUUCUCUCCCACUUAGUUUGGGAUUUCUUUUUUUUUUAAUCCCGUGGUUUAUUUGCAUUUUACAAGUUGGUCCCUUCUGUUUCACAAGAAGUACUCCUCAUCGAUGGCUUGUGGAAAUGUGGGCCAUAUGGCUUGUGAAAAUACAAAUGAUGGCUGUUUUUCAAGGUGUGUGCUUAUGAAGGACAUAAUAAUGAAAGCAACACAUUAUGGGGAAUUUUCUGACCUGGGCUGAGUGAUGAAGGUAGAUUGAAAUGAAGCAUCACAAGAAAUAGAUUUAUUUUGCUCUAAGUUGAGGAUAACUCAAUCUGUUGCACAGACACAAACUUCUAAGGAAGACUGCGUGAGCGUUUUGGCCUAGGUACUGUUUUUGAAAACCUCAUUGUUUAUUUGGAUCCUACACUACAGGCCCCCUACAAAUGCUCCUCGUUGAUGUUUUUCCAAGCUGUGGGCUUAUGAAGAACAUAAAAAUUGAAGCUACAAAUUUUAACCUGGUCUGAGUGAUGAAGAGAAACUGUGAUGAAGCAUUAUGAGUAAUAGAUACAGUAAUCUGAUUCUAAAAAAUGACUUGACAAACUGUUGCACAGACACACAAUAUUUGUACUUGGGCAGUAUCCCAUGGCAACCAAUCAGUUUUUGCUGCAAUUGAUCUAUUUGGUACUGGAUGAAAAAGCUAUUCACUGAUUGUUUGCUAUCGAUCAUUGCCCAAAUUGAUUAAUGAGCCCCACUGAAUGAUGACAUAGCAGGUCUAUUAUAUAGGCCCCCCCUAAAAUUACCUUUUAACUGGCUGUUACAAGUGUUUAAAACCCAUUCACAAAGCCCCUCCCAGACCACAUAAAACCCACUGUCAACAGUUUCCCAGCUGCCUAAAUGAAGAGCCGCUCAACAAAGUUGUCAACCACCAUUUUUUGGCUUUGUCAUUUAUUAAAUGGCAGCUGAGAAGGUGGAGUUUAUCCCUUUAAACUAAGUGUUCUAGUGAGAAAACAAGACUUUCAAUACACUGAUGUUUCGAGAAUGAAUUUAAGCAACUUUAAAGACUACAGUGGUUAAACUGAAACUAUCACUUAACAGCCAAAAACCCAGAUUAUUGGCAUUUUUGUAAGAUCAUGUUCCCCCUACUCCAACACCAUUAAAAUCCUUUUUUUUAACAA